AAUUUGAAGGCCGCUUACAACAAAAUUUACAUUGACAACAAAAAUGUCGGACACUGGAGCAGAUCCACCGAAAAGAAGCAAAAAACUUCCACCAAUUUCAUUUGAGGAUGGAGAAGAACCGAAGAAACCUGUUAAAAAGAAAAAGAAGAAGGUUCCAAGCACCGAGACAAAUGGCACAACCUCCCCGAGAUCCGAUGAAACACCCACAAAGAAAAAGGUGGUGAAAAAGAAAGAAGGAGAAACAUCAGAUAAACCAACACCAAAGAAACGUAAGAAACCAGCAACUACAGAGGAAAGCGAAGCAGAUCCCACUUCUGCUCGAAGUGCAGCAAGUAAAGACGAGGAUGUUACUGGAAGCAAAGCAAGUCUAAUAUCAAAAGAAACAAAAGGAAGUGGAACACCAAAGAAGAAAGUUAGAAAGAAGAAGAAGCCAGCCUCUACCACCGCCACACCGAGAGAGGAUGAUGAAUGGGGAGAUACACUCACAGCUGAGUUACAAACCAUACACGAAGAUGUUGUGAGUCCCAAGAGUAAAAAAGAACAGGAUGAGGUCCUUCUUCAUCCCUUCGCUACAGAGGCAGCAGUUCUAAAGAGUCAGCCGCUAGAAAAACUUUUCAUAGAGACAGAUAGUGGAUUUAAAGGAGAGAACAAAGUGAAAUUUGCCAAGAAAUGGGCAGAAGAGGAAGCUAUCCGAGAACUAGAAGCCGAACAACCCGUGGAGUCCACCAUCCUGUUUGCGAUUGGAACACACAAAGUUUUUGUGACAUUCUGUUUGUUUUUACAUGGACUGACUGCAGGCAUUUCAAUGUGGCAUCUGACAAUGACCUACAUAUUGCUAUAUUUCUCAUACAUUGACUUUUUGGAGCACUAUAGAAUUUUAGCUCUUCCAGUCCAGUGCAUGUUUUAUAUUCUUCUGGUGUUGUGUACAGUUUCAGCCUGUGAUAGAUUUGAUAUUGGACGUCCCACACGUAGAUUUGUCCUCCAGUCUUUCACAUUACAGACAGGAACGGUGUCUAUUAUCAUCUACUUUGUAGCUUUAAUUCUCAGUCUGUGUAUGGCUAAUCUAGAGGAUAAAAUGAAUCUGUACAACAAAUACCCUCAGCUCUGGGUAGAUGCAAAUACCAAUCAAACACUUUCAUCAGCUGGUGACGAUAUAUCAACCUGGAGGGACAUCAACACAGCCCGUUGUUGUAUGGCGAUAUUAGCUUGGAUCGUCCUGUCUAUAACUGCCUCCACAGACAGACUAACAGACAAUCUGAGGGCGGGAGAUGAUGAAUUUCUCGAAGAUGUUGAACUUGGAACUCAACAGAAAGUGUGAUUCAAGUGCCUUUAUCUAUUUAUUAUUUUUGUCAACCUAAUAUGCUAAGUGCUUCUUUUUUUCAAUAUAGAUCUGAAAUAACUCUUUUUUACAUUACAAUUUCUGUUUUAUAUAUCAUUUAUUUGAGGAGAGAUUAGGAUCAUAUAAUUAUAAGAUAGUUCCCAUCCCGGACAUGGUUAUGAGGAGGAUGAGAUGUGAAUUAAAAAUUUAGUAAGAGCAAUGUGAAACAAUUAAUUAAAAAAAUAUAAAAUAUCAAGAAAAAAAAAUAAGAAUAGAACCAAGAAAAUAGUACAUGUAACGGUUUAUCUCUGUGGUAUUAGAAUUAUUUAUUGUAUGUACAGGAAUUAUUUUUGUUCAAAGAUAUUGUUUGAAUGACAUUUUCUCUUAUUUAUUAACAUAUUUUUGGUUGUAAAAAAAGAGAGGUUGUAGCAAAGGGUUUUAAUUUUUAUGUAUAUUAAUUAUUGUUUUAUCAUAGGAAUUUUUUAAAGCACCUUGUAUUUAGUUAUGUAC